AAUUAAAUUAAAUCUUUUAUACAAAUAAAAAUGUCUUUAGUUUUGGAAAAGGCUGAUUCAUUCAGACACAUUAUUCGUAUUUUGAACACAAACGUUGAUGGAAAAUAAAGACUUGCUUAUGGUAUUAGAAGCAUUAAAGGUAUCGGAAGAAGAUUUGCUAUCUAAAUUUGCAAGGUCCUCCGUCUUGAUCUUACAAAGAGAGCUGGUGAAUUGACAGACGACGAGGCUCACAAAAUCACUGAAGUCAUCAAAUCACCCAGAAGCUUAUAACAUUUCCAAGAUGAGAUUUCAAGGGAUGGCAAAAAUUAUUAAGUCACAACAAACGAAUUGGAAACCAAAUUAAGAGAAGAUUUAGAAAGAAUGAAGAAAAUCAAGUGUAAUCGUGGUUUGAGACAUCAUUGGGGAUUGAGAGUCAGAGGACAACAUACUAAAACCACUGGUAGAGGAGGAUAAACCCUUGGAGUUGAAAGAAAGAAGAAGUGAUUAAUAAUUUAUUAAGUACAUUAAAAAUAAUAAAUGGACUAAUUAUGGUUUAA